AUGAAGCUCCACGACGUGUUUGAGGACCUGAAAGCUUAUGAAUUCGAGAUAAAAUCUCGGAUCGAAGACGAAGCAUCAACAUCAACCGCAACUAGAGCUCUGGUGACAUCGGUGGAACCAGCGGUCCAUGUAUCAUCCGCUCCAAUCCCCGUUAAAAGCGUUGACCAGAUCAGUGAAGAUGUGAUGGCCAUGCUUGCACAUAAACUCGGGAGAUUCAUGAAGAAGAAUCAACCACCAUCGAACAACAAUUACAACUAUAACUAUGCCGAUAAAUCCAAUGCUUUCUUACAAGCAUGGGCUAAAGCAUGUGCAAGUAGCAGCAGUACCACCAUGGUGGUGCCUGGAGGAAAGACAUACUUGUUGAGUCCUCUUCAAUUCAAAGGUCCUUGUAGAGGAUCAACUAUACAAGUUCAGAUCGAUGGAACCUUAGUGGCACCCAAGAAAUUAAGUGAUUGGAAAGGUUGUGUGGCAAACACAUGGAUAGGGUUCUCACAUGUUGAUGGUCUUCAAGUUUAUGGAAAAGGGAAACUUGAUGGGCAAGGUUCACCAUGGUGGAAAAAUCUCGUUAGGGACGAUAGUGAAUAUAUCAAUAACAAUUGGAACCAACAAAAUGCAAACAUGUGCUCAAGACCAAUGGGAUUAAAGUUUUCAAGCUGCAUAAACCUUGCAUUAAGAGGCUUGACUCAUAUCAACCCUCCAAGUAGACAUAUAUCCAUACUUUUAUGCAACCAGGUUACCAUUUCCGGCCUUACAAUCUCCGCACCCGAAAACAGCCCUAAUACCGAUGGAAUCAGCAUCUCUUACUCAACUAACGUUAAUGUCACCAACUCAAUUAUUGGCACAGGAGAUGAUUGUGUUGCAAUUAGUGCUGGUACUUCAAACAUUUUGGUUGAAGGAGUUCAAUGCGGACCUGGGCACGGCAUAAGUGUGGGCAGCCUUGGUCAAGGUGGAUCUCAUGAUACUGUGGAAAAUGUUCACAUAUUAAACUGCAAUUUCACAAGAACAUCUAAUGGGGCAAGGAUAAAGACAUGGCAGGGUGGAAAAGGAUAUGCAAGAAAUAUUACAUUUGAACACAUUCAAUUAAAUGAUGUUAAGAACUCUAUUAUAAUUGAUCAAAAUUAUUGCAAUGGCAAGCACAACUGUCCGAAAAAAACGAACGCAGUGGAAGUGAGCAAUGUGAAAUAUAUAAAUGUGCAAGGAAGGUCUGCAAUUAAUGAAGCAAUUCUCCUAGAUUGCAGCGAUCAAUUUCCAUGUAACAAUAUCGUUUUUGACAAAGUAAACAUAACUUCAAGCUCUACGAGUAACACUUACGCGACUUGUAAGAACGCAAAAGUGUCUAUCCCUUCCAAAGUAAAUCCAAUUGUUUCAUGCAGGAGAGGUAAUAUUUAA